AUGCUUCUGGUGAGGCUGAGCUCAGGCUAUGAGACGGCAGUUGGGAGAGGCGCCACAGGAGGUGAAAAGACCACACCUUCUGUCGCCAAGUUGCGUCAGUGUCCAUACUGCCCCUACGCCACUACUGUCACAACUAAUCUCAAGAACCAUUUGUGCACUCAUACAAAAGAGAAACCAUAUGCGUGUGAUCGUUGUUCCUACAGUGCAGUAACAAAACAGACUCUGGAAGAUCAUAUUCGAACCCAUACUGGAGAAAGACCUUUUUCAUGUCCAUACUGUCCUUAUAAUGCCAUCAAUAAAAAGAGAUUAAAAAGACAUGUUAUAAAACAUUCAGCAGGGCUGGACAAUGAGAAAAAGAAGUAUAGCGUGCCAAGCAGACACACACCGGGACAAGUCCUCGGCACCUCCUCCAAGAUCCAUCAAUGUCCCUACUGCUCCUACGCUUCCAAUGUUACCACAAACCUGAGGACCCACAUGCGUACGCACACGAAAGAGAAGCCCUUUUGCUGUCAGUACUGCCCUUAUCGAUCAACUACAAAGGACCACCUUGUCAAACAUGUGGAUCUGGACAGUGAUGCCCCAAGGACUAGCAAGAACGGAACUCCUGCAGGUGGGAGGGGACUUGGAGCCACCAACAGGAUGCACCAGUGUCCAUAUUGUGAAUAUACUACUUACUUCACCACUAACUUGAGAAACCACAUGAGGAGACACACAGGAGAGAAGCCAUACUCUUGCCAAUAUUGUGCCUAUAGUGCCAUUACAAAGCAAAGCAUGUGUCAUGUGUACACUCAGGAGAUAAAUCAUCAACAUGCCCACACUGUUCCUAUCAGGCUAUUAUAUGUAUCUAUCAAAAGUAGUGGUCAGCGGAGAUCCUACAUCAAUGGAUUAAAAUCUAGAGAUGGUACAGCAAAACUAGCACUAUCAAGAUUCUCAGAACUACAUGAGGAUGAUGUACAUGCAUUAAUGUACGAAUCAUACUGGUAUCUGCAUGUGGAGAUGAAUCACGAGGGUCAGAGGGAUGCCAGAGAUCCAACCGCAGGCUCUAAGAGAGGACACAAGACUCGCAAGAUCCACCGGUGUAUCUAUUGUCCCUAUGCCAGUCAUUUCAUAACAAAUUACCGGAAACACAUGUCCACCCACACUGGGGAAAAGCCCUAUGCCUGUCAUUACUGUCCGUAUCGUUCUAAUGCAAGAGAUCACCUCUAUCGUCACAUGCAAAGGCAUACGGGAGUCAAGCCCUUCAGGUGUGCCUUUUGCCCUCUCUCGUGUGCAAGGAGAGUUGAUCUGAAUAACCACAUGCUUACUCACCAUGCACAUAGUAGCAUGGACAGACCUCUGCCAGAUGUGGUGGCGCUGAACCGAGAUGGUCACAGGAUUGGCAGUGGAGGCGUUGCGGGACUAAUGAAGGCCCCCGUCAACAGGAAGCUCCACAAGUGUUCCCAUUGCCCCUUCACGACCCACUGUAUAACAAAUUUUAGACGGCACAUUAGCACACAUACUGGCGAUAAACCUUAUGCUGCUCUGUCCGCACUUACAGAUUUGAUUCAGAUGAUAUAG